AUUUAAGAUGAAAAACAGUAACCUACCGACAUUUAAUAUGAAAAAAAUAAUACUAGUGAGUAACAAUAAUGAAAUGAGAAGGCAACUCAUUGUUAAUAAUCAAAGCUCCGUAAAUACGAAUUAUAAUUGCUACAGUUUUUUGAACAAAUCCACUGAUAUAAAAAUUACAAGCGUCCAAUCAUUGAGCGGAACAGAAAACUGUUGGAAUGAAAAUAUUGACAACAUAGAAAAUGGUCACGUACAAACAAUCUGUGAUGAAAAUGAAACAAAAUUUUCAAUCAGUGAACUUACAAUUAAUGAAAACUCAAGUACUGAAAUCGCAGAUACGACUAACACUAACCGUCAAGAACUCCCAUUUACAUUUAUAGCCGAUACAAAUAUUACACUAGAAAAUAGUUUUAAUCCCUUAGAUGUAAUUGUAAAACAAGAAAACGAUGUUGAUCCUUUAGCUACAGAUGUUAAGCCUGAUCAACAAGAAUUGAAUAAAGUCUUAUUGGAAAAUUAUAAUAAAGAAUCAUGUAUAUUAGAAGGACUCCUAAAACAGUAUAAGCGUACUAAAAUAAGUAACAAAAAGUUUGAGUGUGAUAUGUGUCCGAAAAAAUACGUCUUGAAGCAAUCUUUACAACGGCACAAGGCUGUACAUGUGAAAAAACUAAAAUUUCCCUGUAAAAUUUGUUACUUUCAAACAAACUCGAAUUCAUUAUUAAAAAAACAUAUCACAAAUAACCAUCACAUUACAAGACCGGUACUACGUGAUGUUCGGGGCUCAAAAUUGAGUCAAAGCUCACAAUUUAAAAAAAAAAAUCAUAAAACGGGUAAGAUAUCACAGAAAAACAAUACUCGUUGCUUGAAAUCAAUGAAAAAAUCACUGUUAAAGAAAUCUAUCAAAAAUCGUCAAUGUUUACAAAAGAGCCACACUUGUAAAGUUUGUCAUAAAGUAUAUGCUACGAAACAUACUUUAGAGCGACACAAAAUUGUUCAUGUAAUAAAGAAAAAACAAAACUUUCAGUGUGAAGUUUGUAAUCUAAUAUGUACUCGACAAUCAAGCUUAGGAAAACAUCUUAAGACCCAUUUAAACAAUGAAAUAUUCAAGUGUGAUAUUUGUAAGAAAAUCUUUCGUCGAAAGUUAACUCUGAUUCGACAUAUGGAUUUACACGAUCUGAAAAUAAGAGUUGAGUGUGAUAACUGCCACUUAACUUAUACCAGGAAGAGCAGUUUAAUUCGACAUAUGCGUUCUUGUUUUUGGAAUUUACCUGCCGAUAGACCAUUUACAUGCGAUAUUUGUAAUUCCAAUUAUUCGAGGAAGUCACAUUUGGAAUCUCACAUUAUACAUCAUCACUUGAAAGGUGUACAUGUAAAUUGUAAAAUUUGUCUACGAAAUUUUUCUCGAACGUCAUCUUUAGAACAUCAUAUGCUUAUCCACAUACGGGGGAAAAUAUACAAAUGUGAUAUUUGUCAUUCAAAGUACACUGAAGAAACUUCGUUAGCUCAACAUAUGAGUGAUACUCACAAAAACGAAGAAUCUUUCAAAUGUGACAAUUGCCAGGCUGAGUUUUUAACUAAACAAAAUUUAUCGAUUCAUAUGAGAUGUCAUAAAACAGAACGAUUUGAAUGUACUAUUUGUCAACGAAGCUUUUCUCGAAAUUUCAAUCUCAAACAGCACAUGUAUACUCACACAAACGAAAACGUAUUCAAGUGUAACAUUUGUCACUUAAAAUUCACUCAAGAGUCAAUGUUAACAACGCAUCUUGAAAAUCAUACUCGUGAUAAACAAUAUAAGUGUGAUGUUUGUGAAGCAAUUUUUCGUCAAAAAUCAAAACUGAAUAAACACAGACUCACUCACACGAGAGAAAAGUCAUUUGAGUGCGAUAUUUGUCAAGCUUUCUUCUCCCAUAAGUUCAUUUUAGACAAACACAAACUUACUCAUACAAGAGAAAAAUCUUUUCACUGUGAUAUUUGUCCAAGCCAGUUUUGUAGUCAGUAUAAUCUCGAUAAGCACCUGGUUCUUCAUACGAGGAAAGAAUUAUUUGAAUGCAAUGUUUGCCAUUCAAAGUUCAUUCAUAAAUCUCAGUUAAAGACACACCUUUACAGUCAUAGUGAUAAAAAAAUUUUCAAGUGCGACAUUUGUGAAAGAAUCUUUUCUCAUCAUUUUAGUUUAAAACGACACAAACUUAUUCAUACGGGCAACAAACAAUUCAAGUGCGAUGCUUGUUUAGCUAAAUUUUUCACAAUUCAAUCUUUGACAAAGCACAUUAAAAAGUCACAUAAAAAUAAAGAAUACAAAUGUGAUAUUUGCAAGAAACACUUUUCUGCGAAGGGUUGGCUUGACAGGCAUCGUCUUAUUCAUGCAAAGGAUGAACUAGUAUGUAGUACAAAAAAUGAACGAUUAGAUCAUACAAGUGAUUAA